UUCAUAAUCAUAAACGAGUUCUUUUGCUUCUGACUCUGUCAGUGUCAGGAUGUUGUAAAGUUGACAGCCGUAACUGUUAACAUCAUGACACGCUGCGCUGCAGAUGUGCUGUUGGAGAUGAUUUAUCGCUUCAACGGUAGUGUUAGCGGGGCAUCCUCGACAACUUACACCUCCCACUCACAGGAAGGCGACAUCUUUACUGAGCGACGAGCGCCUACACUAAAGAAGAAAGACUAUUCGUGGAUUUCAAAGUCUUCCUCUAACAGCAAAACACCAGGAAGCCUCCUAGAAGCAGACGAACAACCUUCAGGUUCAGGAACCACGAGUGUAACACCAGGAGGAGAUGAGUACACAUAUAUGAUGGAAACAACAGGAACUACAGGAACAUAUACAUAUGCCUACAUAACAAUGUCCACCAGUGAUGAGGAGUUUGCAAUAGAGACGCCACGCAGAGAGAAGCCAGAAGCCAAGACAGGUGACUUGUACUUCAUAUCUAAUAUUUCUCACACCUCAAUGGGACAAUUUGUGGAAUACCUAAGCUGACUUCUAGUUUACGAAACCUUAUAAUUUAUUUGGUAUGUUUUUUUUUUAUUUCUGAUGUAUUAAGUUUAUGAAUAAAUUUAAUCUUGGAUCUAAAUGUAACUGUCUCCAUGUUUGAGCAUGUGUAUCUGAGGGAGUAAUAAGUACGAGAAAACCACAUUAACUAGUAGGUCCGUGUAUAUAUCGUCUUUUCGUUUUUCUUACUUCAAAACAAAACACGAAAAACGAAAAAGGGUAGUUAUUUCCUUUUUCGUUGUUCAUACACGAUAACGAAAAACGGUAAGCGAUAAACGAAUUCGUUUUCCGUUUUUCUAGCACAUCAACGAUAAACAGUGAAGGAAAAUUUAUACGAAUUCGUUUUUCGUUUUUCGUACCGUCAAACGGAAAACGAGUGGCGCUGCAGUCGACUCGGCGGUGCCAUGCCGCUGUCACGGUUUGAGAUUACCCCCAGUCUGAAAUUACCC